ACAUUAAUGACGUUUUUACAGUAAGCAAUCACCAUCAGUGUGGAAGAGAACUUUGUUUAUUUGCAAGUUAGAUAAACUUUCAAGCAAAAGUGCUCGUGAAUCAAAAAUAAGGAACAAGCUAUUGUCCUUACAGGUUUCCCAUCGCACAUGGAAAUGUGAGAAAAUUUCACGUGAAAAGGCUACUUAUUGGAAAUCAGUUUCUUGAAUAAAUCAGGUUUCAUUAUAAGAAUUGCAGUAUUUUGAAAAAAUGGAAGAAAUCCAUAUAGAAAGAUUAAAUAAAUUUGUGUCAGAAAUAAAGAAUCUAUCUAAUAAAGCCAAGGAGCUUUGUGCGUCAAGAUCAUGGAAUGAUGAAGAAUAUGAUCAAGCUAAGAUCACUACAGCUAAGUUGCAAGCUGUAGUUACCCGUUUCAAUACAGAAUUGUACCAGUAUUUUAAGAUGGCUAGUAACCCUAAUGCGGAUGAUAUAAGCAUCUUAACAACUGAACAAUUAGAAGGGGAAGAGUCCUUGGCUGAGAUCAAGUCACGAAUUCUAUCCCAAAGGGAAAAAACUAAUACUUCCUCCUUCCAAAGAAAGCCCAACGUCAAAUGCAAUAUGCGUAAGAAAUUUAAACCAACUUUGACAGCGUUUACAAAGACAUAUCAUAACAAAAGAAAACUAAUUGAUGAAGAGAAUACCUCUGCACCUGUUCAAAAGAAAGGGAAGUUUUCAUGCAUAUUCUGUAGUGGAAAUCAUUUCAACGAUGAGUGUACCAAAGUCAAAUCAUUGCAACUCAGAAAGGCAAAACUGAAUAAUCGCUGCUACAAGUGCUUAGGGCUGGGCCAUUUAGGAAGAAUGUGCAAAGCUAAAAUACAAACUUGCCCGCAUUGUGGUAAAAGGGGACAGCACAAUAGAGCACUCUGUCCAUCUAGGGACCAGUCUAAGAAAGAAACGACCACUUCUUUACAUGUCAGUGACUGCGGAUCUACUGUGCUUGAGACGAUAAUUGUCAACGCUAUAGGAAGAGACAAAACUGCACAGAAAUGCCGUGUACUUUUAGAUAACGGCAGUAUGAGGAGCUACGUCUUACAAAGUGUUGCGAAAAAUCUCAAUUUAGAACCUGAAGAAAACCAUCACCUCACAGUAUUCACUUUCGGUAAGGAAGAACCGCGCGAAAUUGAAAGCCCUCUAGUUAGACUUUGUCUGCAAUCGAAAAAUAAUAACUCAAGGAUUAUAUAUGUCAAUGUAGUACCUACAAUCACGAGAGAAGUAUGCACACAAAAUAAAGAUUUCUUAGACUGGGAACACCACAAUAAGUAUGUUUUAGCCGAUGACGGAUCUCUGGAGGAUCGCAUUGAUAUCCUGAUUGGUAACGAUUACUAUCAAUCCAUUAUGUUGCCUGAAAGGGUAGAAAUAAAAGAAAAUUUAUAUCUUGUGAACUCAAUGUUUGGUUGGAUCUUAUCCGGUCGGUCAAGAAAGGAAAGGGGAGAUGAUUUAUCUGCACUCACGUACUUUCAGGCCGCAUACGAAACCAAAUUAAAUGAACCUGACUUGCCACUGGACAAUGCAUCGAUGAAGACUUUAUGGGAUCUAGAAUCUAUAGGUAUCGUCGACUCACCUAACACAAAUAGAGAAGGAGAAGCUAUUAAACACUUUAAUGAAAAUACCAAGCUAGUGGAAAGCCGAUAUUAUGUCAGUUGGCCUUGGCAGGAUUAUCCCCCAGAGUUACCCACCAACUAUGGAUUAGCAUAUGGAAGACUGGUAGGACUAGUAAAAAGACUAGAUAAAAACACCUUGUCGAUAUACGACAAGACACUGAAUGAACAAUUACAGAGAGGAAUUAUAGAAAGGGUCCCUAAUGUUAAAGAGAAGAAACAUCCUGUACAUUACUUACCUUUUCACGGAGUAAUGGCUCCAGGUAAGGCUCUCAGACUAGUGUAUGAUGCCUCAGCAAAGGUAAAGAAUCAGAAAAGUCUUAAUGAAUGCUUAUAUGCUGGUCCCAUGAUGCUGGAAGAUCUAACUGGUCUAUUGAUUCAAUUUAGAUGUCACGAUAUAGGAUUGACAGCAGAUGUUGAAAAGGCAUUUCUACAAGUUGGAUUGAAUAAUGACGAUAGAGAUGUAACUAGAUUUCUAUGGCUUAAGAAUACUGAAAAACCUGUUACAGAAAACAAUCUUGUACAAUACAGAUUCACUAGAGUUCCCUUUGGAAUUAUAUCCAGUCCAUUCUUGUUAAAUGCGACGAUCAAAACUCAUCUCCAAACAUGCGAAGGAAAUUACACAAAACAACUUGCUAAAAACAUAUAUGUAGACAAUUUACUUACCGGUACAGAAUCAUUAGAUGAAGCAAUCGACUUGUACAAAGAGGCAAAGGAAAAGUUCUCCGAUAUAUCAAUGAACCUACGAGAAUGGAGCUCUAACUCAAAGGAUUUUCUUGAUCAAAUACCAGAUGCAGCACCAGAAACAACAGUGAAAACUUUAGGUUUAAACUGGAAAUUACAAGAAGACUCAUUACAUCUUAGAGCACAGAUAAACAAGACAAAUGCUAUAACUAAAAGAGGAAUUCUUAAAACCAUUGCUGCAAUAUAUGAUCCGUGUGGCUUUAGUGUACCCAUAGUAUUACCAGCCAAGUUACUUCUACAAAAACUAUGGAAGGAAAAGAUCAAAUGGGACAGCUCGUUAUCUAAUGAAAGGAAACAAGAAUGGAUAAAUAUACGGGAAGACCUAGAUGAAAUUCAAUCAAUAAGUCUACCAAGAAAGAUGACUGUACCAAAUGAGAAGAAAGCACAAUUGCAUUGUUUCACAGAUUCUUCGAUGGUGGCAUAUGCGGCUGUUGUAUACUUGGUACAAGGAAAUAACGUACAAUUUGUGAUAGGUAAAUCAAGACUUAUACCCAUCAAAGAUCAAGAAAAUCUGAAGAUACCUAAACUCGAAUUGUUGGGCGUUUUAAUUGGAAGUAGACUUAUAAACUAUGUACUACAAUUCCUGCAGUUGAAUAUAAGUGAGAUGAUAUUAUGGACUGACAGCCAAAUAGUGAAAAGCUGGUUUUACUCAGACAAACUAUUGGAACCGUUCGUGUCCAGAAGAAUACAAGAAAUCAAAAAGAACAAAAAACUGGUUGUGAGAUAUGUUCCAUCUGGACAAAAUCCAGCUGAUGUCGCAACGCGGCCGAAUGCCUCAUCAGAAGAGAGGAAAAGGGUCCGUCCAAGACAGAAGAACAUCAAGGAGCAAAAGCCUUGUCAACCAAAUCUUGUUCUGGGCCUAACCAAGACCCUGAAGUACAAGAAAUAA